AUGAUUAAUAAUGUGGUAAGUUUUUUUCGUCUCAUGUUUAAAAAAAUUAUAUUCAAAAAUGUUCAGAGAAGCUCGUUAGUCUACCAACUUUUGAUCAAAGCUCAGGAAACAAUUUCAUGCAUUUAUUUUCUGCUCAUUUUUCUACUCUAUUGGUACAAAGGUUCAAUUCUACCAUAUCAGAAUUAUGUUCGAGUUAUGGAAUUUCUGAUUAUUAUUCCAUUUGUGCCCAUCGAAUAUUUGAGAAUUUCCUGGGGUUAGUUAAAGCCUCAAGAGGUGAAUUUUUCAAAACUGAAUAUCAUUACAGGUUCUCGUGGAAACAUUCUGGAAAGUAGUGCCUUCUUGCUCCUCUCUUCAUUUUUAGCAGUUCCCGUGAUUUUGAUCACAGUUUAUUUGACAUUUUUUCAAAACUAUGGUAAGGAUUUUCACCAGCUCAAACACAUUUUUCUUUAAUUUUCAGUGCUAUUCAUUGAAGAAAUUUUCUCCUAUAUUUUUGGAGGAUUUGUAAUUUUCGAGACAAUUUUGUCGUUUUCUUUGUCAAUUGCAUUCUCAUCAAGUUCCUCAACAACAAAUCUACAAUGA